UAAGUAAGAUUCUCUGAUCUGAAAAUACGUAUGACCGUGUGUGCGCGCGCAAUGAAUCAGACUCCAGUAUCGUGUAUUCCGAAUUCGAGGAUGUCAAAGGCAAAGAAAGUAAUCGAUGAGGCCCGAGAAAACCAAAAUCCUGAGCUGGAUUUGGCUGAUAAGGGCAUUUCCACAUUCGAGGAAAUGCCCGGACUGCUGAAUAUGCUGCAGAUAACCAGGCUGACGCUAAGUCACAAUAAACUUCAAGUUGUUCCACCUGGUUUGGCAAAUUUAAUCAAUUUGGAAAUUUUGAACCUGUUCAAUAAUCACAUCACUGAACUUCCAAUUUCCUUAUCACAAAUGCCUAAGUUAAGAAUCCUCAACGUUGGAAUGAAUAGAUUAGAUUCCCUUCCACGAGGGUUUGGUGCCUUCCCAGUGCUCGAGGUCUUGGAUCUCACGUAUAAUAAUUUGAGUGAAGAAAAUUUACCUGGAAACUUUUUUAUGAUGGAGACCUUGAGAGCAUUGUAUCUUGCCGAUAACGAUUUUGAAUACCUGCCCCCUGAGAUUGGCCAGUUGAAAAAUCUGCAAAUUCUUGUGCUCAGGGAAAAUGAUCUGAUUGAGCUACCUAAGGAAAUUGGCGAACUUACCCGACUUCGGGAACUUCACAUUCAAGGCAACCGACUAACAGUUUUACCACCAGAGAUAGGUAAUUUAGAUUUGGUGAGUAACAAAGCAGUGUUCAGAAUGGAAUUCAAUCCUUGGGUUACCCCUAUUGGAGAUCAAUUGCAAGUAGGAAUUUCUCACGUGAUUGAUUAUAUUCGUUCGGAGACCUACAGAUACCUCUAUAAUCGUCACCUCAGUGCAAAAGGACCUCCGCCACCAAUUGAGAACGAUAAAAGCAAGAAAAUCUCUCGUGCUCGCUAAAUGAGAUUAAUGUGACAAAAUCAACUUAUAUAAUUACAGUUUUAAUGCCAAUGACUAAUCGUUAAUAUAUCUAAAUUUAUUAAUUUGUACAUUACCACAAAUUGAUCAUCAGAUAUAUCAGAUCACGUGGUGCCUUAUGCCAAGUCAACUGCCUUAAUAUUCUGAAUCGUUACUUGUAUUAAUAUUUUUUUAUUAAUGUUAUGCUUAUAUUUUUUAUAACAAAUUUAAAACUAAAUUAAAUAUGUAGAAUAUUUCGGUGAGUCUAUAAUGUUUUAAUACAUUAACAAAUGAAAUUCACCAUAGCCACGGGUAUUAAUUUUUUCCGUUAAGUUAUUCUUGCUCAUACAGGUUACAGUCGUAAUUUAUUUCUGUAAUGUAAUAAUGCUAAGAAAUCGAAAUCUGACUGCGUUUACGAUAAAAAUUUUAUCCAGCUUUGAUGAGAAUCUUAAAUUGAUGCGCAAAAUGAAUCUCCGCCAAGUUGUAACACUUCGUGCAUUUUAAUUACCUACUAUUAAUAUGAAAUGAAUAAAUAUGAUGGUGCAAAUAA